AUGAUACAUGUCUCUUCACUGUUCUCCGGCCGAUACUUUCCAAAGAUGUUCUCUUCUUAUCUGCCUCCAGAAAUUAUUCUCAAAAUCCUCUCUCUUCUUCCGGGCAAAACAUUACCAAAACUCCGAUUAGUUUCAAAGCAAUUCAACUCCCUAAUCUCCGAACCCUACCUCCUCCGUCUCCACCACCGAUUUGCCCUAAACUCCUUCUCUAUCCUCACCGCCUUCACCGCUCUACGAUCAUCCCUCACCGUAGAGCUCAAACUCUUCCUCUUCACCAAACCCAACCAUGACCAAACACAGAAAACCAUCACAAAACGCUUCCUUGGAGACAGAGUCAGAGUUUUCUCUUCUAACCAUCAGCUUCUCUGUUUCGUGUCUGACAAGGAACACUUUCUCUUUGACCCUAUCAACCAAAAAACCCGAGAAUUACCCAAAUCCUCCUCUUUUUCUUCUUCCCCUAAUGUUAUCUCCUUCGGAUUCGUUUCCUCGACGUUACAAUACAAAAUCAUCAGAUUUUUCCUUCCUUAUUACCCAAUCUGCAAAUUCGAGAUACUCACAGUUAACAUCACGGGAAGAAAUUACAAACAUUAUCUCGAGAUCUCUCCAUGGAAAUCUCAAGAACAGCAAUGUCCUUACCUUCUACAACCAUAUCCUCCAGUUCAAGCUGAUGGAUUCGUAUACUGGACAACAAAAGAUGUUCCAAAGAUCGUGUCUUUCUCUCUAGAACGAGAGAAGUUCUAUGUUCUGCCUCCACCACCAUGUUUUGAAGAUAAUCCUAAUCACGACUUUAGCUUAUGUGGCAUCAGAGGGAAACUCUUUGUAAUAAACUACAACUCACUUGAACCAAACAUGGAGAUUUGGAUGAUGAACGGCUCAAACGGGUGUGGUUGGGUUAAAACGCACCGUAUCAGGCUCAAAGGAACCUUGAUACGUUACUAUCCGUCGUUUCCGAUCAGGAUUCAUGAAAUACAAUCUGAUUUUGUGCUCUUCCAGGUUCUUUUUCCGAGUCGGAUAAAAAUUUAUUACAAGAACAAGAAUGAAGUCGUUGACUUUGGGGAAUCAAUCGAAGAGUUACAGUUUUGUCAUUAUACUGAUGGCCUUUUGUCUCUCUAA